AUGGCAGAUUCGAGCGCUCGUGGUCCUGUUGGGACGGCGGAGGACGAAGAUGGUGUUCCAGACGAUGAGGUAGCGAUCGCGACGCCGCAGGCGCCGUCGAAAUCGAAGGAGAAGAAGCCCAAGAGAAAGAAAUCGACUUCGUUGACAAGACGGCCCAAGAAAUCAACGAAGAACACUCAAAACAUACGGAACGACUAUGUCGAGAGAAAUCCCGACCUCCUGUCGCCAGAGGAUGCGUCAAGUCGCAGCAACCUCGAUAUUACCCCCUUGGUGGAUUUGAUUCCUCGUGCGGCGACUAGUCCUCUCGCAGCAGCAGCAGCAGCAGCAGCAGCAACAACAACAACAACAACAACAGGAAUGACUCUCCGUACUCAAAACAACAGAAGAAACUACGCAGACGACGAUGACGAGUACGAAGACAACACGGAAGAAAUGGAGAAGGCAGGAAUCGACGAUGAUAUCCCUGCGUUCAUUAAUGGAAUUCCGGAAGUCCAACCCAAAAAGCGAGGCAAAAUGAACAAGGGCGAAAUGCAACGACGUCGAAUGGUGAUUGCGUACGCUCUCCUAGAUGCCUUCGGUGCUAUCCCAGAAGACAGCGGAACCUGGGGUGGUCAGAAUGGGAUCGCAAAAGCAAUUGCAGUUCAUUUCUUGCAUUUGCCCAGGUCAUUUUCGGACCUUCGUGCAAUCAAGACCACCAUGCGAAUUGUUAUGGAGCAUUACAAAGUUGGGAUACCCUAUGACGGAAGCAACAGGCCACGAAAGGAUUACAACAAGUACUACAUCCCUGACGACUCUUUUGAGAUGCAGUUGAUUGCUGAUUGCAUUGAAGAAAACUAUGGCAUUACGCAGACCACUGCUUUUGUUAAUCUUCACCGCAGCCAACAAGGACAUGACUUGAUGUUCGGUCGGUCCACCAUCUACAAUGCAUACAAGCGCUUGCCACACAGUGUUACGCCCAUCUCCAAGCGAUCGCAGGGAAGCCUUGACAAACAGAGCAAGUGGUGUCGAGCCAAUUAUCAAUGGCAUUGCCAGCUGGCAAUUCGUUUUGGGAUAAUGACUCCAGACCGAUUGGAGAAACUCAAAGUAAAUGGUGUUCUUCCUGAAUGCUACGACAUCAAUCAAUUGACCAAGCUCAAUGUCGAGGGCGUCAUUUAUUGGGACGAAGUGCACAAGCAAGUGGUAGUAGGAAAGUGUGGUGUCAGCGGCCGACAGACAGAGACAAGGUUCAAGAGAGACAAACACGGAAAGCUUGAUCCGAAUGGCACGUAUCGUCCUCGAAAGACACAACUCAAGAUGAAAUACACGGAAGAAGCAAGGUUCUCUGUAGGUGUCGCUCUUAAGAGACUACCAAGCGGACAAGUGAUUGGAGUACGGCUACCCAUCUUCGAAUACACAAGCAAGAACAUGGUGACGCACAAGGACUAUGAAGAUGCUUUCUGGAAAGAAGUAAGACGUCCUAAGUCACUCAAAGGGGACUGUUAUCCGUGGGUUGUCUCGGCACGUGAUAAGACGAAAAACUAUACUGGCGACAAUGUCAAAAAUUUGAAGCACGUUGGAAAGGCUGCCACCACUGCACUAUUCACAAUGGACGUUCUGACCAUUGGAGACUUCGUCCAUCAACUUUGCGGUCCACAGAAGUGUCCCAACAAGAUCCAGUCAUUUCGAAGCCAAUGCCGACACAUCAGCAAUGCUAAGUUUGAAGAGAUGUGUACCGAUGCAAUCCUUGCCUUGCCUGGACCACCUGAAUCUGUCGACCAUCGCAAGAAAGACAAUCCUUACUUGUCUAGAUUUGGGGAAGCACAUUGGAGGCAGGAAGUCAUUAACUCCUCUGCCAUGCAGAAGGUAGUGUCAGUCCGCAAUUUGGUCAGACACAUGUACCAGUGUGGCAUUGACUUCUUCAAAGGAAGUAAUUUCGAAACAAACUGGCACUUCAUGCACGACGCACUGUCACUCAUGACUGCUAAGGAAACAAAAGAUUGGAUGGAGAAGGAGCGAAUCAAGAAGCACUGGAUUCUUCCUGAAUUGGGUUUGAACGACAAGAUUGGAAAGUUCGGUGGACGUCCUGUUGGGAACAACCCACGUGAUGCACCAGCUGAUCACAUCUUGAACAAGACGCAUGACGAUGUUGUCAUUCGACACGUUGCUGCCACAUCCCAUCUUCCAAAACAAGACCCAAAGAAGUUCUCCCUUGCAACUCCUCUUCUCAUUGCUUCGGCCUACAAAAGAGUGUGGAACAAUCCGCCUCUGGAACGAGACGGAACAAUUCUAUGUCCUGUUGAAGAAGGUGCUCCGUCUUCAGACAGAAUCAAACAUGACAUCAUGAAGACACAGGAGUACAUCCUCGAAGUGGUGGACAACGAUGGCUUAAACACUGUCGGCAAGGCAAGCAUCGCUGGACAUCGCGGUGACGACGCACGUCUUGCUGGAACAACCAAGCGAGGAGGUGCUCGGAAGAAGAAUGAAAAAGAAAAGACCUUCUGGUUUCAUCCAGAUGCAAGAGAUGGCUUGAAGACAUUCACAGAAGAAUCACUUGAACGCUGGAAGGGAAAGAACAACGUCAACGUUGUCUCGAACGAUCAACAACAAGCAACCAUGGAUCCGGACGCUUUCGUGGAGAAAGACGACGUUGAAGUCCUCCCACCAAAGGAAGACCGUUGCCCUGACUCUCCCAAGAGAGGAUCCAUCAGCUGUUCCAACCAGAAAGAAAGCAACGAAGCAAUCUUUGCCAGAAACAGAGCAGAUUGA